CAUUACCCGUGUCUGUCCCGCUACAUUCCAUCAUUUCUUCCCAGAUACAUCGUAAAAAAAUAAAAUACCAAUUUUCUUCUUGUUCUUUUUGUACCAUAGUGUAGUAUUUUGGCUGUCUUCAACGACCAACAAGCUUACUCGUACAGGCAUUACCGUCUUCAACAGACAUGCCCGAAUCGAGUACUUGUAUUUUUAGUAGCAAAGCGCCAUGUACUCCGUGACAUCUGGUGCCGAACCCCAACCACAGCAGCAACCGAUUCGCAUCGCUAUUUUACUAAAUUCGUAUCGAUCUCGUCUACUCCCUGCUAUCAGAGCCUCUUAUGAGCGUACGAUCGGCGCCGUUGCUCCGGAUGCCAGGCUAGCGUUCUACGAACCCGCCAACAAGAGCGGCGAAUUUCCCGACCCGGAAUGCUUUGACUUGAUCGUCUUUGGCGGGUCCAACGUCGAUCCGCGUAAGUCGCAUGGAUGGAUCUUGGAUGUGCAUGACUUUCUCCGACGCUUAGUGACCCAGUACCCCGGGAAGAAAGUCCUGGGAAUCUGCUGGGGUCACCAAACCAUCACCCGGGUUUUCGGCGGUACGGUCGUCGAUGCUGCCUGCCCAGAAAUGGGCGUAGCUACUGUGAACUUGACAGCGGCUGGAAGAGAGUUCUUCCCUGAAGCAGCCACUUUAGGCUCCUUUAGGCUGCAACAGCACCACAGGCGCGAAGUCGCUGAAGCACCUACAACUUUCACGCAGUUAGCACAGGGAAACCAGUGUUUACUAAGCGAGAGCAACACCAUCUUAACAUUUCAGGGACAUCCGGAAAAGGACUCCAAGACAGCCCGACUACGGAUCCACGAUUCAUUAAGAUGGUUCGGGUUCGAUGAAGCGCUAGAUGAGAAGGCCUGGGCCAAGUUACAGGAGUUAAUGGAUAUGGAACACGACGGCCCUGCUGUCUGGAGGCGCAUUUUGGACUGGGUUUGGGAACCGCCGGUGCUGGGAACUGGAUUUGGGAACAAACUCAGCAAAAUGUAACGUGAAUUUUGCCUAUCCUGUUGCAUUAAGGAGUUUGCUAGCGGAUUUGCUUUAACAAGCCUGGAGUGAAAGCUUUAUUUUUUAUUGUACUAUAAUGCUUGUGUCUAAAUCACGCACGUUAGAUGCCUGUGGUAUUGAGACAAGCAGAAAACAUGUAUAUUGACUAUACCUAGCAAUGAGGUAUUUCCUUUUUGGAGACAAACUUGCUUGAAAAAAUGGCUAACUAGGUGCUACUUAUCUAUACCAACUAGCUCGGGGUCGCGUGGGGGGUUUACAGCCGAAGGGCAUAUAGAUGUGUAGACCCCGAGACCGAACUGGCAUUCUUUCACGUCAAUCUAACUCAAUAUCUAA